AUGUCUUCAGCCAAGGCCUUUGCAUUCCUACCAUUGGGUGCCAUCAUCCAGAAGUUUACAGUCAAUGGCAAGAACAUUGUCCAGGGUUUCCCGACAGCCGAGCUGUACAAGAAGUAUAAUGCUCCAUACUUUGGAGAGACCAUUGGCCGCAUUGCGAACCGAGUGUCAAAUGCGAAGAUCAAUGACUUGAAUGGAAAGUCGUAUCCCCUUGCUGCCAACAACGCGCCAAACUCUCUCCAUGGCGGUAUCAACGGUUGGGGAAAGCGGGAGUUUGAAGGUCCUUCUAGUGUAGAUCGCAACGGCAAGGAGGCUACUCUUUUCAAGUAUGUCAGCAAAGACGGAGAAGAGGGCUACCCCGGCACAGUAGAGUUCAGGGUAUGGUAUGUUCAGGAGACUGAGAACGUUGAUGGUGCUCAGCACGAGGUUCUCCAUAUCGAAUAUGAGGCCGAGCUGGUUGGAGAUGAAGUCAACGAAACUGCUAUCAGCAUCACAAACCACAGCUACUUCAAUCUGACUGAAGGGUCUAACAUUGCAGGAACAGAGGUUACCUUGUCCACAAACAAGUACUUGGUGGUGGACGAGAACUUAACCCCCAAAGGCACUAUCGAAGAGUUCCCGGGUGUCAAGGCAAACACCAAGUUCACUCUCGGCGAUCAAGAGCCCGAUAUUGACCAUUGCUUUGUCGUCGACACUGAUGCAAAGAACGUUCCAAUCGACACCCGCUCGAGAUCUCUGCAGAAGCUUGCUUCAUUCUACCACCCAGAAAGCAAGAUCCACCUGGAGGUUUCUAGUACAGAACCAACUUUCCAGUUCUACACAGGCAAGCACAUCGAUGUACCCGCAGUCGAAGGUCUUCCGGCUCGGGGCUCCCGUGCAGGCUUCUGCGUCGAACCAGCUCGCUACGUCAACGCCAUCAAUGUCCCGGACUGGAAGUCUCAGAUGACGCUCAAGAAGGGCGAGAAGUACGGCUGCAAGAUCGUAUAUCGCGGAUGGCAUGCAUAGACACACUAUGUGCUUACAUCGGCGAAGCUCUAGUGACCAUGCUCUCACUACAGUGGACAUGCGCAGUUUGCCUGUGUGUUAUUGGGUGCAUGAUAAGAAUACAAAUCAAAGCAUUUUCCGAUCCUAUCAC